AGCAGUGACUUCAGAUCUAAGAGGUUUCACAGUGAAGUCUUCCUCUUUCUCCACUGUAUUUAGUUCUUAUCAGGAAUAAACUGGUCGGAUCUAAACGUCCUCUCAGCACCAGCAGAUUGUUCGACUACUGCAGCCACCAUGAAAAUAGCAGCUUUUAACAUCCAGAAGUUUGGAAAAAACAAAGUGUCCGACCCAGAUGUCCUCAAUGUCCUGAUUAGGGUCGUGUCUCGCUAUGACAUCAUUGUGAUCCUGGAGGUCGUGGACAUCAGUGGAGAGUCUGUAAAAACCUUCCAGGAUGCACUCAACAAAGCCAACAGGAAGCAUCACUACACCCUGCAGAUCAGCAGCCGUCUGGGCCGAACGCGCUACAAGGAGCAGUUCAUGUUCCUGUACAGGGAUGACCUGGUUGACUUGGUGGGCUCCUAUCAGUUUGAUGACCAGUUGACUGAGGGAGGAGAUGUUUUCGCUAGAGAUCCCUACAUCCUGCGAUUCAGAUGCCUCAGUACAGUGCUGAAGGACCUGGUGCUGAUCCCAGUUCACACCAAACCAGAGGACUCGGAGAAGGAGCUGGACGAACUCUACGAUGUCUUCCAGCACGUCAAGAAGAAGUGGAUGACUGAUAAUGUGAUGAUCUUGGGCGACUUCAAUGCGGACGGCUUGUACGUCUCCAAGAAGAAGAUGAAGGGCAUCCGUAUCCGUAGCGACAAGAACUUCCACUGGCUGAUUGGAGACGAUGUCGACACCACGGCGAGCACCCGCAACGACCACACAUACGACAGGAUAGUAGUUUACGGAGACGACAUGCUCCAGGCUGUCGUACCAAACUCUGCCAAACCCUUCAACUUCCAGAAGGCAUAUGGACUCAGUGACGAGCAGGCUCUGGACGUGAGCGACCAUUACCCCGUGGAGGUGGAGCUGAAGUCCACGACGACCACAGCACGUGAAGAGGAUGAUCUGGACCUGCCGGACCUGCCGGUACCGCCGCGGCCCGUGGUCGUGGAUGAGGAUCUGCUGGAGCUGAAGAGAGGAAACCUGCUGCUGGAGAGGGAGAAACUCAGCCUGGAGAUCCAGAUCCUCCGGCUGAAGAUGGCCAACAUGAGCCGCGGAGAUGAAACUCAUCACAAUACAAUCCUACCUUAACCCAUGAAGUUGACACUAGCUGCUCACCGUUCUGGGUUCAUACUUGAGCUGCAAUAUGACGACAUAUACCGUCAAAAUGAUAGAAAAAUGUCUACCGUAUAUGUAUUUCUCUAUAUCAUUUCUAUUGUGAUGUAGGCUUUUUCUAUAUAAUUUCACUUAAAACUGUUUUGUUCAUUUUGCACUCAAGUUCUUAAAAUGAGAAAAUACUUUUCAUUUGUCACGUAUGUAGUUCACACAGGACUAUACAAACACAGGCUUUACCAUGCGGUUAUAGCCAAUAGUUGAUGAUAUAUUGAUGCUCUAAUAUCAUAGACAUUUCUCCUCUAUAUCUUUACACAGACAAUAGUUGACUAUUUAUUUAUUGAAUUACCAGAGAACAUGCUAUAUUGUGAUCUACAGGCUGUCGUUUUUCAGAUAUUCAUACCACUGUACCUCAGACUCAAUCCUGGAUUGCUACUUUUAUCAAGAUGAACCCUUUUCAAUUACUGUUUUUGACUUUUGACUGAAUCAAGGUAUGAAGUUGAUGAAAUAAAUUAUAACUGGCUCA